AUGGGCAUCAUUGACGAGAAGCGAUUACCACCGAAGCUGUAUAAGGAUGCAGCGGUAAAGGUUAUUCACUGGGAGAACCAGUGGGUGGCUUAUGACGAUGAAGAAACGCUAGAGAUAAAGGCACAGUUUGCCUUGGGCCAGGAUCUCGGCGGCCUCAUGACAUGCCCGAUGGGCGCUUCUCGGACUCCUUCUAUCAGCGCACUGAGCAACAGCAGCGAACAUAUUCAGGUCAAGAAGACAAUCGACCAGUGCAAAUGGACCAACUGCGGCCAGAUGUGCCCAACCGGCUACCAAGCCGUCCUCCGUACUGACAAGAACCGCCACAACAAGGAGGAGCUCAUGCUCGAUACAACUACAUCUGCUGCGACUACACUUGCCCAGAGGGGCAUGGUAGAGGUUGGUAGCACACAGGGCGGCUGCCACAAGGGAUAUCAAGCAGCUUGCUGCACUGUCAAGGCGACAAACAGUAUGGAUGCGUGGAAUAGCUGCGUCUGGGCUGGGGAGCCGGACGAAUGCAAGGCAAGCUGUCCCAUUCUCCAGAAUUUCCCCCAGGUGUUUUCCAACUCCGGCAGCGGCGCCGUCAAGUGCAAUAAAGGAUGA